UCCCGCCUCCACGGUGAUCAGGUUAGUGUGCGCCGCGGGUGCUGGGGGCUCGAGAACCCAGCGGAGCUGGUUGAGCCUUCAAAGUCCUAAAACGCGCGGCCGUGGGUUCGGGGUUUAUUGAUUGAAUUCCGCCGGCGCGGGAGCCUCUGCAGAGAGAGAGCGUGAGAGAUGGAGAUGGACAAACGGAUUCAUUUAGAGCUGCGGAACAGGACGCCCUCUGAUGUGAAAGAACUCGUCCUGGACAACUGUCGGUCAAAUGAAGGCAAAAUUGAGGGCCUCACAGAUGAAUUUGAAGAACUGGAAUUCUUAAGUACAAUCAACGUAGGCCUCUCCUCAGUCGCGAACUUACCAACGUUAAACAAACUUAAGAAGCUUGAACUAAGCGAUAACAGAAUCUCAGGGGGCCUGGAAGUAUUGGCAGAAAAGUGUCCGAACCUCACGCAUCUAAAUUUAAGUGGCAACAAAAUUAAAGACCUCAGCACAAUAGAGCCACUGAAAAAGUUAGAAAACCUCAAGAGCUUAGACCUUUUCAAUUGCGAGGUAACCAACCUGAAUGACUACCGAGAAAACGUGUUCAAGCUCCUCCCGCAACUCACAUAUCUCGACGGCUAUGACAGAGACGACAAGGAGGCCCCUGACUCAGACGCUGAGGGCUACGUGGAGGGCCUGGAUGACGAUGAGGAGGAGGAUGAGGAUGAGGAGGAGUAUGAUGAAGACGCUCAGGUAGUGGAAGAUGAGGAGGACGAGGAUGAGGAGGAAGAAGGUGAAGAGGAGGAUGUCAGUGGAGAAGAGGAGGAGGAUGAAGAAGGUUAUAAUGAUGGGGAAGUAGAUGAUGAGGAAGAUGAAGAAGAUCCUGGCGAAGAAGAAAGGGGUCAGAAGCGAAAACGAGAACCUGAAGAUGAGGGAGAAGAUGAUGACUAAGUGGAAUAACCUAUUUUGAAAAAUUCCUAUUGUGAUUUGACUGUUUUUACCCACAUCCCCUCCCUCCUUCCAAAUCCUGCCCCCCGAAACUUAUUUUUUUCUGAUUGUAACGUUGCUGUGGGAACGAGAGGGGAAAAGUGUACUGGGGGUUGCGGGGGGGAGGGAGGGCGGGAGGGGGAGGAAUAAAAUACUAUUUUUACUGCCACUCUUUAUUUUUUCCCCUACUUUUUCUUUGUGUCUGGUUUUUGUCCCUGUAAAUGCGAUAGCUGAGUACACACCAAGUGAGCAUUUGUUCCUUACUCUCACAGAGGAUGGUUUGGAGUUCUCCUACGUUUCCGGGUAUUCCCCAGGUCUCUCGAGAUGCUUGGAAGGCCGUGGCAGGCCUCAGUGUGGUCACUCAAAGCCCAGGACGGGCUGAGUACCAGCCAUAUCUUUAACUCUUGCUCUAGUUCACGUGAUUUCUGCUUUUCUUGGGCCUGCUAGAGGCAUCCAACGCCCAGGUUUGUAAAUAGCAACCUAAAGGCGUAUUUUGGCACUGGUUUGGGGACAUUCCCCAUCUCUCAUCCCUUUUCCCCCUUCACAGAUGGUGGUGGGCUUCUCUCUACAAAGAGGACUCUGAUGUCACUUACUCUUGAGAGCUUAUGAGCCAGAGAGCUGAAAACAGCAGGCUUAUGAGUUACAAGUAGAGUGGAUUUGGUAAUUACAAUUAAAAGAGAAGAAACGAACCCUCAAACAUCAACGUAUUUAAAAGAAAAAAAAAACUGUCCUAUCUUGUUCUGUAAAAUAUUAGAACACUUUGUUUUACAAAAAUGAUGAGAGAAUUCUUCCACAUGUACUUCUGUGCUUAGAACAUUUUUACAAACCUAAGCGCUGGAGACAUUGCUGCAUGUCGGCUGGGUUUUUUUUUUUUUUUUCAUAUACCCGAGCACGGAAAAACUAACGCAAAAUUGUAUUUUCUUACCUAGUGGAAAUCUGAAAUGACUGCAAAUUCCUAGUGAAUGUACAGGUUUGCUUUCAUGUCCCUCUUCUGGAUUGCUUUAGAAGUGAUGUGUUAUUUCCUAACCCAUGUUUCAUCUGUAUAAAAGAACAUCUGCACCAGUUUUUCUCCUGCCCCUCAGAAGAGCCAAACUUUGAGUUUUAUGUCUGUUUGUCAUUGAUAAAUUUCAAUAAAUCUUUUUAUACAAUUUU